GGGGACAAGCAGGAUCACAUUUUUUGGGGGAGGAAACUAUAAUCUGAAGUUUGUAAUUGAAGUGUUAGUUGAAUUGUAAAAGAAAAGAGGAGGAGCUGAGAGGCUGAUGGGUGCGGAGGAGCUAAUUAGUGGGGAAACUCAGGAUCUGUCUCUACCCAGCGGCCAACAAGAGAAGAUUAAAGUUCUGGUUAGAUUAAGGCCUUUGAACGACAAAGAAAUUGCAUUCAAUGAUGUUUCAGACUGGGAAUGCAUUAACAAGGACACCAUCAUCUUCAAGAACACCUUGCCAGAACGGUCUAUGUUCCCAACAGCCUACGCUUUUGACAGAGUAUUUGGAUACGACUCCCCCACAAAGGAGGUGUAUGAAGAGGGAGCAAAAGAAGUUAGCCUUUCAGUAGUCAGUGGCAUUAACUCAAGUAUUUUUGCAUAUGGUCAAACAAGCAGUGGAAAGACAUAUACAAUGCGUGGCAUUACUGAUUAUGCUGUAUCAGAUAUAUACGAUUACAUUGAAAAGCAUAAGGAAAGAGAAUUUGUGUUGAAAUUUUCUGCAAUGGAGAUUUACAAUGAAGCAGUCAGAGACCUCCUCAUCUCAGAUACUAGUCCACUUAGACUCCUAGAUGAUCCAGAGAGAGGGACUGUCGUUGAGAGACUCACUGAGGAGACAUUGAGAGACAAGAGCCAUCUCCAGGAGCUCCUUGCUAUCUGUGAAGCUCAACGGCAGAUAGGAGAGACCUCUCUAAAUGAAACUAGCUCUAGAUCCCAUCAAAUUUUGCGCUUGACAACUGAAAGUUCUGCUCGUGAAUAUAUAGGCGCUGACAAAUCAAGCACUUUAACAGCAACUGUGAGUUUUGUUGAUCUUGCGGGCAGCGAGCGUGCUUCUCAGGCACAAUCUGCUGGUGUGAGAUUGAAAGAAGGCUCCCACAUUAAUCGCAGCUUGUUGACACUGGGAAAAGUAGUUCGCGCAUCAAGCAAGGGAAGGAACGCGCACAUACCAUAUAGAGACUCUAAGCUGACACGAAUACUGCAAAAUUCCCUAGGAGGCAAUGCCAGAACUGCUAUCAUUUGCACUAUGAGCCCUGCUCGCAGUCAACUUGAGCAAUCAAGAAAUACCCUUUUGUUUGCUUCCUGUGCUAAAGAAAUAUCUACUAAUGCACGGGUCAAUGUGGUGAUGUCCGAUAAGGCAUUAGUAAAGCAGUUACAAAGAGAAUUGGCUAGAUUGGAAAGUGAGAUGAAGAAGCUAGGAUCAACUUCAGGGACUUAUGAUUCCAAUUCAUUGCUGAAAGAGAAAGAGCUGAUUAUAGAACAGAUGGAAAAAGAUAUCCAAGAAUUGACUCGGCAGCGUGAUCUUGCGGAAUUGAGGAUUGAGAAUUUGCUACAAUCAAGCAUUAAUGAGAAGAUAGAAGGUAAAGGGUUCUCACUGGGUCCUGGAGGAAAAGAAGGGAGAUUAUCUGAGACCGAAGCCACAGAUGAGGAUGCAUUAUCGUCUUUGUCCUUACAGGGUGGUACUGAACAAGAAGGGAAAGGUGAAGUUGCUGUAUCAUCCGCUCAUAAGAAAGAUAAGGACUCAAGCCCCACAAGUAAAGAUCCUACUUGUGAUGCUUUGAAGCAAAAAAUUCAGGAGCUGCAAAGAACCAUCCAUUAUCUUGUCAAUUUAUACCCUCAGGAACAAACUCCUUCUUCUGUUGCAGAUAUGGAUAGCUCCAGAAGCGCAAAAAUAAAUAGAAGCGCAAGUUGCAGAGCCAUUGUCAUGUCAAAUCCAUUUUCCCUGGAGUUUGGGAAGGCUGAACACAGUGAGAAUACACGGCCUAACUGGACUGAAGUAAACUUCGCUGGAAGAACUGGAGGCUUUUACCGAAGGCUUUCUGAAAUUAAGUAUGCUGCCAAGUCUGGAAAUUUUUCCAGGAAAGAUUAUCAAAUUUCCAUUAGUGGAGCUUCGGUGGAUUCAUUUAAAGAGUCAGAUGCAGACGAUACCACUAGUUGUUAUGAACAUAGUGAGAACACGCCUUCUUUUAAUAGCGCUUCCAUUCUAUCACCGAGCCUGAGAGAGUCAGAAAUAGAAGAUUCCAGCAUUUUCAGCUUAGUUCCGGGACACAGUGACCUGGUUCACAAAGCAGUGAUGAACAAUAUAAAGGACGCUGGAUUGAAUCAAGUUUCUUCUUGGUCAGUAGAAUUUGAGAGCAGGAGAGAAGAGAUAAUUGAACUUUGGGAUGCAUGCAAAGUACCAUUGGUACACAGAACUUGCUUCUACCUGCUUUUCAAAGGUGAUCCAUCUGAUUCUGUGUACAUGGAGGUGGAGCUCAGAAGGCUAUCCUUUCUUAAGAGCGGUACUGUCAGCAAAGAGAGUUUAAAUGCAAGUUUGAAGGCUCUAUAUCGGGAGAGAGAAGCAUUAAGCAAGCAAAUUCAUCAGAAGUUCUUGAGAAAAGAGAGACAGGAACUAUACCAGAAAUGGGGUAUUGCAUUGAACACAAAGCAGAGAAGUUUACAGUUAGCACGCCGUAUAUGGACAGAUACAAAAGACAUGAAUCAUAUACAAGAAAGUGCUGCUCUUGUUGCAGAAUUGGUGGGAUUUUUAAACUCAGGCCUUGCUCCCAAGGAAGUGUUUGGACUCAGCUUCUUAGCCGCACCCGGAUCCAUGAACACAAGAUCAUUCAGUUGGAGACAUACCAAGUCUUCUGCUUCUCUACUUGGCAGGUCUCCUUCUCUAUUACUUUAAAUUUGUCAG